GUAAUCCUGACGUAUGUCCUUGACCGCAGUUUAAUUGAACCACAUCAGGGCCCUGCCCAUCACUCUCAGCGCGUACAAUUCUUCGCACCAGCAACAGCAGCCGCCGCAGUACCCAGUCCACUGGUAUCAAAGUUGUCCGCAGUAUCCCGGAAGCAAUGCCUUGAGUCUGAGUGCCUCGGUUCUCAGUUCAUCCGGACAGUGGGAUGGAUUCCCAGCCCAGUUCUUCGCAGCCGCUACUCUACUAUUCCGGCGCAGCCGUUCCAAUUCCCAGCGCGUCGUCUCAGCAGUAUUAUGAAU